AGGCAAACAGGCCAGGGCCAGGGCAGACAAGAGGACAGACAUCUGCAGCCUGUGGCCUCCUUUCACCCUCCCACCCGCCAUGGAAAUGCCCUGGCCCCUAGGGUGGAUUCUGCUUCUUUUGGGAAGCCCCCUCAUCCACGCUGAGCCUCUGUACAUCCUGGUGAUCCCCCGAGUUCUGAGGGUUGGCAGUCCGGAGAGCAUUCACAUUCAGGCCCACUCAGACUCCAGACAGCCCCUCACAAGGACCCUCAAGGUGAACGUCACAGUGUGGGACUUCCCCAUGAGGAAGACAGUGUUGGCAAGGAGCCAGCUCAUUCUCUCACCAGGAAACAACUUUAUGGACCAGGCACCUGUGACGGGCAGCAAUAUGUCAUCAUCCGGGCAACUUGGGCACCCACCUCGGGCUCCUCAUUCAUGGAGAAGAUGGUGCUGGUGGCUCUUCAUGCUGGCUACAUCUUUAUCCAGACGGAGAAGACCAUCUACACCCCUGAGCACUUGGUUCACUACCAGGUGUUCACUGUGAACCACAAGAUGGACCCUGUGACCAGGACAUUCACUCUGGACAUCAAGGUGGUCUUUCCCGAUGAGGGGUGGGGGGUGGUGGUGGAUCCUGGACACUGGGGUUACACGGUGUGCUGAAGUCCUGGGGGCAUGAGCCACCAGGGCCCUCCCAGAGGGCAGUCACCAGCCCCACCCCCUAUCCCCACAGAACCCAAAGGGAAUCACCGUGAUUAGCCAGAGUCUGAUGGCCAAGGAUGGCUUCUUUUUCAGCUCCUUUCACCUCCCAGAGCUUGUCAGUUUGGGGACCUGGACCAUCGAAGCCAGCUACCAAAGUACACCCAAGCAGAAGUUCAAGGCUGCCUUUGAUGUGAAGGAAUAUGUCCUCCCAUCUUUUGAGGUCCAACUGGUCCCAAAUAAGACUUUCUUUUACCUCAGGGAUGAGGCUCUGGGCAUUGACAUCCAGGCUCGGUAUAUAUUUAACAAGCCAGUGGACGGACAUGCUUUGGUCAUCUUCGGGGUGAAAUUGGACUCCCGCCGGAUCCCUAUCCAAAGCUCCCUGCAGAGGGUGGAGAUCUCUGAAGGCCUGGGCCAUGUCUCCCUCCAGAAGGACACGCUGAUGGCCACAUUCCAAGGCCCAGAAGAGGACUUCAUUGGAGGCUCAAUCUUUGUCAAUGUCACCGUGUUCUCCUCAGGGGGUGAGAUGGUGCAAGCUCAGACCUCAGGGGUGAAGAUCGUCCAGAGCCCAUACAACAUCAAGUUCACCAGGACACCCCAGUAUUUCAAGCCAGGAAUGCCCUUCUACUUUCGGGUCUUCGUCUCAAAUCCUGAUGGGUCCCCAGCUUCCAGAGUCUUUGUCCACUCCCAAGACCAAAAAGUGUACACCUCAGCUGAGGGGUUGGCCACUCUGACCAUCAACACAGAUGCAAAUCUGGACAAGCUCCCCAUUGAGGUGAAAACUGAGGAAUCUCUUCAGCCAGAGGAGCAGGCUUCAGCCAAGAUGACAGCUUGGCCUUACUUGACUCAGGAUGGGUCAGGAAACUUCCUACACAUCGACGUAAAGACAUUGGGCACAGAGGUUGGCAGCAGCAUCCAGCUGAGCCUCAACACAAGGCAUCAGGACCCUAAAACCAAGGACAAGAUUACUCACUUCGCCAUCCUGGUCCUGAGUAAGGGCCAGAUUGUGAGUGCCAAACAUCAGCCAAAAAGCCAGGGGAGUGUCUACACAUCAGCCAUUAUUGAUGUCACUUCAGCGAUGCUGCCCUCCUUCCGCAUUCUGGCCUUUUAUUUACUUCCCAGAGGAGCAAGCCAAGACCCUGAGUUGGUGGCUGAUUCCAUAUGGAUUGAUGUGAAUGACAGAUGCAUAGGAACGCUGAAAGUUGGCUUGAAGAGUGAUAGAUUCUUCCAGUCUUUGGAGCCCAACAGCCAAGUCGAACUAAAGGUGACAGGUGAUGCAGAAGCCACAGUGGGGCUGGUGGCUGUGGACAAGGCUGUCUAUGUCUUGAACAGCAAACACAAGCUCACUCAGAAGAAGGUCUGGAAUGUGGUGGAGGAACAUGACAUUGGCUGCACAGGAGGAAGUGGGAAAGACAGAUUGGCUGUGUUCAAGGAUGCUGGAUUGGACCUGAAAAUCAGCACAGGAAUGGAUAGCCUGGCAAGCUCAGACUGGCCCUGCCCCCAGGACCCUCCUCCCAGCCGCCGUCGCCACUCCCUGAAGAGGCUGGAGACAAAGAGGAAUGCAGUGAACAAGUUUAAGACAGAGCUGGAGCAAAAGUGCUGUGAGGCUGGGCUCCGGGAGAGCCCAGUGGGGCUGUCUUGUGAGGAGAGGACCUGGCAUGUCCGCCAUGGUCCAGCCUGUGUGGCUGCUUUCCUGGACUGCUGCCAUCUGUCUGAGACCCUGACUCGGGAGGCUCGAGAGGAUCAACUGCGUCUGGGGACAACGGAUGAAGAAGAGGACUUCGAUGACCUCUUCUUGGAUGACAUGCCUGUGCGGACCUUGUUCCCUGAGAGUUGGCUCUGGAGGAAGUUCACUCUGCCAAAGAGUAAAUCGGGCAUCUCCCAUUACCCCAUCUCUGUGAAGGUGCCAGAUUCCAUCACCAUGUGGCAGUUUGUGGUGGUCAGCCUCAAGGCUGGACAAGGUCUCUGUGUCUCGGACCCCUUUGAGCUGACAGCUAUGAAAUCGUUCUUUGUGGAACUUAAGUUGCCCUCCUCUGUGAUCAGAAAUGAGCAGGUCCAGAUCCAAGCUGUGUUGUACAAUUUCAGGGAUCGCCAGGCCAAGGUCCGAGUGGAGUUCCCCCACAAGGAGACACUGUGCAGUGUGUCAAAGCCAGGAGCACCAUCCCGCCAGGCAGGGGUUCAGAUCCAGCAAACGUCCUAUAGCAUCGUCCUGGAACCCCAAGGUCAGACCCAGACAAAACUGGUGCCAAGACAGGAGUUCUUGAACAUGGUACCCGACACGGAGGCGGAAGUGUUUAUCAGCGUUCAAGGCUACACUCGGAUGCUGACCCACCGGAGUUCAGACGGCACCUCCAAGGGGAACCCAGGAAGCACUUGGCUCACAAGCUAUGUGUUCCGCGUCUUUGCCCUGGCCUACUCUACAAUGACAACUCAAGUGCUUAGCCUGUCCUCUCUCUGUGACAUGGCCAACUGGAUCAUCAUUGACAGGCAGGCAGAGGAUGGGCACUUCCUGGAGAAGGGCCCUGUGGUCAUGACAUCCAUGCAGGGUGGCCACCAAGGCUCCGAGGAGGAUGUAUCCCUCACAGCUCUUGUCCUAAUAGCCCUGAAUGAGGGAAAGGAGUUGUGCAGACAGAAGAAUUUGAUGGCCAGCAUCGAGAGAGCCUACGGCUUCCUGGAGAGAAAACUUCCCGACAUUCGGACAACCUUUGCCGUAGCCAUAGCCUCCUAUGCACUGGCCCUUGCCAACAGCUCCCAAGCCAACGACCGCCUGCACAGCUUUGCCAGCCCUAGUGGGUGUGGGAUGCUUCUUAAUCAACCUCAAUCAUGGAGUGGGGAGGGGGUGAUCUCAAAUCCAGCAACGUGUUAUUCAUCACUUAGUGUUUCCUGAGUAUCCACUGUGUAUCAACGCCUGAGCUCAGACCCUGUGAGACCAAG